GUUUUUCCUCUCUUUCUCACUACUUCUUCUCGGCGCGCUAGGGGCCGACGCCGCCACCGCCGCCCCAGCGCCGCCCCGUUCGCGCGAGCCCGCCCGGCCGCCGCUGCCGAGAGGAGCUAGGCGACGACACCGUCACACCGUCCCCGGUUGGCCGCCGCUGCUGUCGCCCGUCCGCGCGCGGCCGAGAGGAGCUAGGGAACGACCGCUGCCACCGCCGCCCCGUCUGCACGCCCCCGGCCGGCCGCCGCUGCGUCGCCCGUCCGCGCGCGCGUGCCCGGCCGCCGCCCCGUCUGCACACCCCCCGGCCAGCCGCCGCUGCCGUCGCCCGUCCGCGCGCGGCCCGACUUCCUCUCGGCUGCGCUAGGGGCCGACGCCGCCGCCUCCGCCGCGCCGUCCGCGCGCCACCACUCCAGCGCCAACGCCGGGAAGGAGUCGUCACAGCCGCCUGGGAAGGACACAGGGGGUGGCAUUUGGCAUAUUGUUAAAUUUCUCCCUCCUCGCCGCGCCGCUGCGCCUGGUUCCACAAGGUGUCAAGGUCUACGCCCAUGGCGGCGACUCCGGCGGCGGACAGCCGCCUCCUCGUCAUAUACGCCUCGGAGACUGGGAACGCUAUGGACGCCGCCGAACGGGUCGGCCGCCAGGCCGAGCGCGGCGGCUGCCCGGCCGUCGACGUCCUCCCCAUGGACAGCUUCGACCCCAGUUGCCUUCCGAGCGAGAGGUUCGUGGUCUUCGUCGUGUCCACCACGGGGCAGGGUGAUCCCCCGGAUUCCAUGAAGGGGUUUUGGAGGUACCUUCUUAAGAAGAAUUUGGGUGCUAGGUGGCUUGAAGGGGUCAGAUAUGCUGUGUUUGGGCUCGGAGAUUCAGGCUAUCAGAAGUACAAUUUUGCUGCAAAAAAGCUCGAUAAAAGGCUUUUACACCUUGGUGCAGAACCAAUCAUACAGGUAGGCUUGGGAGAUGAUCAACACCCUUCAGGAUAUGAAGGAGCUCUAGAUCCCUGGUUGCUGUCUUUGUGGGAAUCACUGAAUCAAACAACUCCAUCGCUGUUACCAAGAAUGUAUGAUAUCAUUAAUCCAGAUUUGAGUGUCUUAGGAGAUGCAAAAGUCGAAGUCAUCUAUCACUCUUCUGACGAGGCUCAACAAGAUUCUAACCUUUUGGAUUUCAAGAAUUUAAUUCAGAGAGCGCGCUCAAUGUCCCCUUCUCUACAGUUCUAUAAUAAUGACAAAGAACCACAUUACAUGUUACAGAUGGUAUCAAAUCGGUGUUUGACUAAGGAAAAUUCUGACAGAGACGUGCGCCACUUUGAACUGGAAAAUCCAUCUUCUGGCAUCACUUAUCAAGUUGGCGACGCGCUAGAAAUUCUACCAAGUCAGAGUCCAUCAGCUGUUGACUCUUUCAUUGAACGCUGUAAAUUGGAUCCAGAUUGUUACAUAACGGUUCGAGCCAAGGACAGGGUUAAAAUUUCCAAAGGUUCACUUUUGAAAGAUCGUAUCAAGUUAAAAACCUUUGUUGCUUUGACAAUGGAUGUCGCAUCAGCUUCCCCUCGGCGAUAUUUCUUUGAGGUCAUGAGCUUUUUUGCAACGGCUGAACAUGAAAAGGAAAAGCUUCAGUAUUUUGCAUCUCCGGAAGGAAGAGAUGACCUUUAUCAGUACAAUCAAAAGGAGGGCCGAACUAUUCUAGAAGUAUUGGAUGAUUUUCCCUCUGUACAAAUGCCUUUUGAAUGGUUGGUGCAACUAACGCCUCCAUUAAAGAAAAGAGCCUUUUCCAUAUCAUCAUCUCCAUUAGCAAAACCAAAUCAAAUACACUUGACUGUUAGCAUAGUGUCAUGGCGUACUCCUUUCAAAAGGAUGCGGCGGGGUCUCUGCUCUUCAUGGCUGGCUGGGCUAAAUCCAAAUGAAGAAAAUCUUAUACCAUGUUGGGUACACCACGGUUCUUUGCCUCCUCCACAUCCAUCGACUCCACUUAUUCUUAUUGGACCAGGAACUGGAUGUGCACCAUUCUGUGCAUUUGUUGCGGAAAGGGCUGCACAGAGUACAUCAGAAGCAACAGCACCCAUUCUAUUCUUCUUUGGCUGUAGAAAUCAAGAAAAUGAUUUUCUAUACAAGGACUUCUGGUAUGCUCAUGCCCAUGACCAGGGGGUAUUGUCCUCGAAAAAUGGCGGUGGUUUCUUUGUUGCCUUUUCUAGAGAUCAGCCUCAAAAAGUCUAUGUGCAGCACAGGAUAAGGGAGCAGAGUGCAAGAGUGUGGAAUUUACUAAAGUCUGGGGCUGCAAUAUACAUUGCAGGCUCGUCUACCAAAAUGCCAGCUGAUGUUACAGCUGCACUGGAAGAAGUUAUCUGUCAAGAAACCGGUUGUUCAGAAGAGGAAGCCUCGAUAUGGCUCAGGAAACUAGAAAGGAACGGCAAAUUUCACACUGAGACCUGGUCAUAGUUAUGGUAGUUUCUAAUCAAAAUGGCUUAAAAAUGUACGCAUCGUCAGGUUUCCACAAAUGUGUGGCAAAUAACAAACAGAAUUUUGGUGUAGAUCAGUGUUGUUAAAAUUGGAGAGGUAUAUUCACGUCCACAUUCAUAAAUGAAAAAUAAUUCCUGGACAAAACAAUUAUAAUGGGAAGACAUAGCACGUCGGUUUAACCCCUUCACUUCCGGCUGGAUGAUGAAGAUUUUGGAAUGAGGAUGAAGAGAUAUGGUUUUGAUUUUGGAUACUCUUGAUGAAUGAUGACACAAGAAGAGAACAUUUCAUUAGAAUUCAGGUGAGAGCAUCACACACCAGCUCAUGAUGCAUUUGAUACCUCUGUAUACCUUCGUUUCCAUGCAGUUUCUGUUGGACUUCUAAGGAUGCAGACUGUUGACACCGGUUGAUAGGGAUUCUUUAGUUCUUGCUACAAUAUGGUUAAUAUUCAUUUCAACAAUCAUUUUGCAUAGCGAAAUGUUGCUAGUAUUGUUGUUUGUCUUGUGGUUGUGAAUUUAGACCCUACCUGCCAUCUAAAGUAUUAUCCUCAACCUUAAGCAGA